AUGGUCCCAGGGCCCUCAAAACACUCCCGCGCCGCGCGCCGCGCCACAUCCCCCUCCAUCGAUACGGACAAGUCCCUCAAGGAUAUACCGCUGCCCAAGCGCAGCACCUCGAGCGCGCCGCGGCCCUCGGUCCUCGCCGUCCACCGCGCGGCGGGAAUUUCGAAAAAGAACAAGCCCGUACGCAAGUCCCGCAUGACGAGCAAGAUGCGGAAGCGCCACGAGAAGGGUCUCGAGAUGGCCGAGGCCGUCACGGAGCGGACCGGCAAGAAGAUUCAGAAGAGUAUCGGACGGGCCAAGAACGUGCAGAGGAGGAGCAGGGCCUGGGAGGACAUCAACAAGGAUGCCGUCGAGGGAGGGGCGGGCGAUGAGCAGAGCGGCGAGAGUCGCUUCGCGGCGCUGAUGGAGGAGGUGGAUGACGACGACGACGAUGACGAUGCUGUCGAAGAUGAGGAUGGGUUUAAUCCUGCGAAUCCGGCGGCGAGUAGGCCGGCUGCUAUUGCGGACGAUGACGACGAUGAGAUUCUAUAA